AUGAUUCUGAAGAGGAUGAAAGAAUUUUGCAAUCUUGAUUCCCAAAGGGGAUCUCUGCAGGGUCUUCGAAGCUCAAACUUGCCCACCUGUCACAACCUGGACAGUCUCCACGGACUGUGCCAGGCGCGCCACCGCCACGCGGCGCUGAGGUCGGGCGUCUCUCGCCGGGCGACUUCUCAUUCCCACCGCCGCCGUCGCCGCCGCCGCCCCCUGCCCCGUGGGUACUCUCCCGACUGCUGCCCGUGUGCCGCCAACAAAGGGGAAACCACCCGAAAGUUCAUGAGAACGUCCUGGGCCAAAGCGGGCCGGCGAGCCCUCCCGACAGACAGCUCCGAGCACCGGGCCUCCGCGGACCGGGCGCUGCGGGCCUGCCUGCGGCCACGUGCUGCGCGCCGGGGCGGGGCGCCCGCGGCCGCCGCGUGCGUUCGCAUUGUCCACGUCCCCCCGCGCCCCGCCGCGUUCCGUCCCCCCCUAUCUCUGGCGCACACGCGCUCGGAGCGAGCGGGUGAGUCUGAAGAGGAUGUGGAGGAACCUUCUCAAGAGCAGAGUUUCUCAGAAAAACUGUUCAGUGGAAAAGGUUUACAUUUUCAGCCUUCAGUUCUAGAUUUUGGAAUACAAUUCCUGGGGCAUCCUGCAGCAAAGAUUCUCCAUGCUUACAACCCUAGUAGGGACAGUGAGGUGGUGGUGAACUCAGUGUUUACAGCUGCUAGACAUUUCCAUGUGCCUCCUGUUCAUUGCAGGGUAAUUCCAGCAAUGGGGAAAACUUCCUUCAGAAUUAUUUUCUUACCUACCGAAGAAGGAAGCAUCGAAAGUUCUUUAUUUAUUAAUACCUCUUCAUAUGGAGUCCUUUCCUAUCAUGUUUCUGGAAUUGGCACUCGCAGAAUCUCUACUGAAGGGUCUGCAGAGCAGCUAUCAAAUGCGUAUUUUCUGCUGCCACAGGUCCAGAGCAUUCAGCUUUCACAAACACAGGCAGAAACCACUAAUAGUAGCCUCUUGCAAGUGCAGCUGGAAUGCAGUUUACAUAAUAAAGUGUGUCAGCAAUUAAAGAAUUGUUAUCUGGAGUCUGAUGAUGUUUUGCACUUACGAAUGAACAUAAUUGUAACAAUGGAAAAUUCCUCAAAAGAAUUUGAAGAAAACACACAAGAUUUGUUAGAUCAUCUCUCUAUUGUUUAUGUAGCAACAGAUAAAUCUGAGACCUCAGAUGAAUCAGCAGUAAAUAUGUAUAUAUUACAUUCAGGAAACAGCCUUAUAUGGAUACAGGAUGUACAUCAUUUCUCACAGAGAGAUGCUCUGUCUCUUCAGUUUGAACCAGUCCUGCUGCCUACUUCUACGACAAACUUUACAAAGAUCGCCUCUUUUAGUUGCAAAGCAGCUAUGUCCUGUGGCAGUGGGAUGAUAGAAGAUGUGAAGAAAUCAAAAAUCACUCCAACACUAGAAGCAUGCCUCUCCUCUCCGGUGGUGCAGGGGUAUUUCAGAGUGGACCCUUCUGCAGCCCAGUUUCAUGUGGAGAGUCAUGAGAACACAUCAGGAGUGUGGUCAAUAUGGUACCUCAACCAUUUUGACCGUAACAUUGUGUUAAAGGAUGUGUUUGUUUCCAAGGAGGCUAGGCACAUUUUAAAGAUUCUGAAUUUCACUGGCCCUUUAUUUCUACCUCCAGGCUGUUGGAAUAUAUUUUCUUUGAAACUUGCUGUUAAAGACAUUGCCAUAAAUCUAUUCACCAAUGUAUUUUUGACUACAAACAUAGGUGCCAUUUUUGCAGUACCUCUACAGAUUUUCUCAGCACCAACCAAGGAAGGGAGUCUGGGUUUUGAAGUGAUAGCACAUUGUGGCAUGCAUUAUUUCAUGGGAAAAUCAAAAGCAGAAAAUCCUAAUUGGGAUGGGGCCCUUUCUCUGGAUUGGUCUACCUGGGAUGUGGAUUUGGAACUUGCAAAUAACUUGUAUGAAAGUUGGAAGAAACACAAGAGUGGCAACGUCUGCAGGAGGAAUGUUUUAGGAAUGAUGCGUUUCGCCCACUCGAAGAAACCCAAGGAGUCAGAGUCCUUUGUUUCCGUUUUGCCUCGUUUGGUUGCGGAGCCUGGCCUUGUGUUAAACUUCAGCGCAACUGCCCUUAGGAACAGUGUGGUGAAGUACUUUAUGGUGAGGAACCCGUCCUCGCUGCCAGUCUCCCUGCAGCUCCUGCCUCUCUCCUUGUACCCGAAACCCGAAGCCGCGGCACGCCUGCUGCACAAAUGGUUUGGCACUGAUAUGCAGACGAUUAAUUUCACAACUGGUGAAUUCCAGCUCACCAAAGCUUGCUCUUACCGGGGUGUGCAUUCUGAGGAACCCAGGUCUGGCACCCUCCACUUGCACUUGCAGCCUUUGGAAAUGAAAAGGGUUGGUGUAGUCUUCACCCCAGCUGACUAUGGAAAAGUUACCUCACUCAUACUGAUCCGGAAUAACUUGACUGUUAUUGACAUAAUUGGUGUGGAAGGAUUCGGAGCAAGAGAACUACUGAAAGUGGGCGGAAGGCUUCCUGGCGCAGGGGGUUCACUUCGAUUUAAGGUGCCUGAGUCCACGCUGAUGGACUGUCGCCGACAACUUAAAGACAGCAAGCAGAUUUUAUCUAUUACAAAGAACUUUAAAGUCGAGAAUAUCGGGCCUCUUCCUAUAACUGUGUCUUCACUGAAAAUCAAUGGAUAUAAUUGUCAGGGUUAUGGCUUCGAAGUGCUGGACUGUCAUCAGUUUUCCCUGAACCCAAACACAUCCCGUGAUAUCAGCAUUGUGUUUACGCCGGACUUUACCUCUUCCUGGGUCAUUCGUGAGCUGACACUUGUAACUGCAGCAGACUUGGAAUUCCACUUUACUCUCAAUGUGACCCUGCCCCAUCACCUCUUGCCCUUGUGUGCAGAUGUGGUUCCAGGACCCAGCUGGGAGGAAUCAUUUUGGAGGCUCACGGUCUUCUUUGUCAGUUUGUCUCUGUUAGGUGUGAUUUUAAUAGCCUUCCAGCAAGCACAGUACAUUCUUAUGGAAUUCAUGAAAACAAGACAGAGGCAAAAUGCCAGCUCCUCCUCACAGCAGAACAAUGGGCCAGUGGAUGUUAUCAGCUCCCAUUCUCACAAAAGCAAUUGCAAGAACUUUCUCGACACGUACGGCCCUUCUGAUAAAGGCAGAGGGAAAAGCUGCCUUCCAGUGAGCACCCCACCCAACAGGGUCCAGAAUGCUGCCAAGAGGAGCCCAGCCACCUAUGGUCACUCUCAGAAGAAGCAUAAGUGCUCAGUGUACUACAGUAAACACAAAACCAGCGCAUCCCUGGCCAGCAGUGCCAGCACUGCUACUGAGGAGAAACAGACUUUGACCCUGGGCGGCUCCCUGUCUGCUGCUAAAGAGGACAUUUGCACCGAUGUCAUGGGUGAGAACUGGGUCAGCCUCAACUAUGCAAAUGGCAUGAGUGUCAACCUGCAGAAGAAUUUAACCCUCCCCAAAAACUUAUUGAAUAAAGAGGAAAACACACUGAAAAACACAAUUGUUGUCAAUAAUACUUCUUCAGAAUGUAGUCUGAAGGAGGGAAUACAGACAUGUAUGUUUCCUAAGGAAACUGACAUUAAAACUUCAGAGAACGUAGGCGAGCUCAAGGAACGAGAGCUCUGUCCCCUGAAGACCGCUAAGAAACUACCUGAAAAUCCUUUGCCAAGAAACUCACCUCAGUUCCACCAGUCAGACUUGCCAGAAAUGUCCAAGAAGCAUAAUGGGAAUAACCAGCAAGUGCCUGUCAAGAAUGAAGUAGACAGUUGUGAAACUUUGAAAAAGGUCGACACAAAGUCAUCUUCAGAAAAGAAGAUUCACAAAGCUUCUAAAGAAGACAUAUGUUCUGAGAAACAGGACAUGCCUUCAGUGGAGCAAGAGGAUCCUUUCAGGAAGAAGAAGCUUCAGGAGAAAAAAGACGGAAAUGUGCAAAAUCUGAAUUGGAAUAAAAAUCGAACGUGUAGAAAAAACAAGAAGAGGGGUGUUGCCCAGGCCUCCAGGUCUUCUGAACAGAGUGAACUGAAGCUUGUGUGCAGUGAUUUUGAGAGGUCUGAGCUGGGCAGUGGCACUGAUGUAAGGAGCUGGUGUGUACAGGAGAAUGCUGGGGAGAGUUGUAAAGCAGAUGCAGAAAUGACGAGCAGUUCACCUGCUGCACAGAGAGAGGCAGACGGUUACUUCCAGAAGCCCGAGAAGAAGUGUGCAGACAAGUUCUGCUCGGAUUCCAGCUCUGACUGUGGAAGCUCCUCGGGCAGCGUCCGUGCCAGCCGGGGCAGCUGGGGCAGCUGGAGCAGCAGCGGCAGCUCCGAUGGUGACAGGAAGCCCGUGGUGGACCCGCAGCACUUCCUGCCAGCCGGAGACAGUGUUUCCCAAAACGACUUUUCUUCUGAAACUCCUAUCUCCUUGAACCUUUCUCAUCACAUCUGCAAUCCCACAGACGUGAGUAACGUCCCACAGUACCCAGAGCCCUCCCAGCCCGGCCUUCCUGCUGGACCCGCAGGUGCUGAAGAAGACAAAGGUCUGUACCCACCCGGAGACCUGUGGCCCCCACAGCCAGUGUGUCUGACAAACAGCCUGAGCUGCGCUUUGGAGAACAGGGCACCCGGAGUGCUGCAGGAGCCCGCCCCGGUCCACAGCAGCAGUUUCAUCGACUGGAGCGCGACUUGUGAGGGCCAGUUUCCCAGUGUGUACUGCCCGUUGGAACUGAAUGAUUACAAUGCCUUUCCAGAAGAAAACAUGAAUUACGCCAACGGCUUUCCUUGUCCUGCAGAAGUUCAGACCAGUUUUAUCGAUCACAAUUCUCAGUCGACCUGGAACACCCCACCCAACGUGCCUUCCGCCUGGGGACACGCCAGUUACGUCAACUCUGCGCCCUACCUCACCAGCACCCGAAGCUUGUCUCCAAUGUCUGGACUUUUUGGUUCUAUCUGGGCCCCGCAGAGCGAUGUGUAUGAAAGUUGCUGCCCGGUCAGCCCCACCCCAGAACACUCAGCCCACCUGGAAAGCCAGGCGGUCGUCUGCAAGGAGUACUACCCAGGGUUCAACCCGUUCCGUGCCUACAUGAACCUGGACAUAUGGACUUCCACAGCAAAUCGGAACGCCAACUUCCCACUGUCCAGAGACUCGAGUUACUGUGGGAAUGUGUGAAAAGAAUUGGAUUUUUAAACAAUGUGAAUAAAAAGGCUUGUGUUUUGAUUACUAGCGUAAACUGGUUGUUGAGAUAGAUUGUGACAUUGGCGGAUAUUUUGGCACUUUUAUAUGAAAAUAAAUUUUUUUAUGAAAUCCGGGUGCUCUAUUUUUUUGUAAACCCUUUAUAAAUCAGUGGAAGAAGACUCACCAUCAAAAUGUCGUGACUUUCACAGACCAACAAAUGUGUCAGGCAUGGCCAGCAUUUUAAAUCAGAACAAGGGAGACUUCUAAGAAGGUUAAGGGUUGAGAAUGAGUGACUGCAUGGGUUUCCCCUCCCUGAGCGCCCAGGGAGCUUUCAGAACAUGGAGGGGCACAUUCUCGGAAUUUCUGACUUAAUUGGUCUAUGGCUCAGGCAAUCAGGAUUUUCCCAAAAGUUCUCCAUGGAUUGUCACGUGCAGCCAGGGUCGAGCAUUGCCUGAUGGACACUGCUCAGGGCUGGAGGAGCGCUGGCCUCUCCCUGGGGCUGCUGGAGUAAAGCAGAGAGCCUCAUGCAACCCUCCUCAGCCCCCUGCUCUGGCCGGGACUGUUCCUGCCCCUCCACCAGGCCAGUCACUGGGGCAAGGACAGCAGCCGGGCACAUUCUGGUAAGUGUUCAGUUGCCCUCCCAGGAAGCAGGCUUAGCCUGAAUUCAAGUAUUUAGGGGUUGUUAGGUCAUAAUGCAUGUUUUGCCAGACCAGUUUGUAUCUGCUUGUCGUUGAUGUUAGAAGUGCAUCGAGGUGGAAUCAUCUAUUUGCUGUGUGUAAACUUGGAAGACGUUUUUAACUUUUAAUAAAAAUCUGUUAUUUUUACA